ACCGUCGCAGCCAUCGAGCAGUUCCCCAGACCCCUGAUGAGUCCGCGGCUUCGACGGCUCGGUGGCGUCGCGGUGCACGUGUUAGCUGCGGUGUACAUGUUCGUGGCGCUCUCCAUCAUCUGCGAAGACUACUUCGUUCCCGCGCUCGAGGUCAUCUGCGAUGCUCUUCACAUCGAUCCGGAUGUAGCGGGGGCGACGUUCAUGGCUGCUGCGAGCUCGGUGCCAGCGAUCGCCGCUUCCAUUAUCGCCAUUCUGGUGUCUCGGGGAGAGAUGGGAGUGAGCACGGCCCUGGGUUCGGCCGUCCUCAACGCCGCUGGAGUGAUCAGCGUCAGCGCCCUCUUCGCCGGCAAGGUGGUUGUGCUGCACCGAUGGCCCAUGUAUCGAGACAGCGUGUUCUUCUUGGCGAGCGUGGUGAUUUUGCUGGUGGCCCUCCAAGAUGAAGAGAUCAGCCAGCUUGAGUCUGUUUUGCUACUGGUCACCUACGGUGUUUACGCCGUGUUCAUGGGCUUCGACGCCAAGGCAGAGGAGUUCUUCUUGCGCCACCUUCCAUUUCUGCGGGACCAACUGGAGCCGGGGCCCGGGACGACUCCAUCCGCACUGCCUCCUGCCACUCUUUCCGUUUCAGCUCUUGUCACAGCCCAAGAAGGCGGACCGCCCGGGUCACUCAAGCUCGAGCUGGCACCCAUGGAUGGUCGCCGGCCGAGCCACGGACUCGUAUUAAUGCCUAGCCGGAGAGCCAGCCAGGCUCCAGGACAGCUCAGCUUAGCCCCGGGUUUGCUCCAAGGCCUAAGGGCAGAUGCGUCAGCGCGCGCCCACAGCUUGGACGUUACAGGUCUUCGGCAGAACCAGUUGGCGGCGCGUCGCAGGAGUCUGGCUGCCGACCCGAACCGCCGGCGCAUUUCACUCAUAUCGCUUCGAAGCACUUGCAGCGACCAGAUCCGACGGGAGAGCGAGGCUAAGGACAUGGCCACUCUGGCGGAGGCGCAAGCGUCUGCCCUGGAAGAAGUGGCGCGCCGCGCUGGCGUCCCCACAUCCUCCCCACCUUCUCUGAGGCCGCCCCAGGGUGCACUCCCCCGCCUCCUCUGGCUCCUGCUUCUUCCCCUGACCGUGCUGCUCCACUUCACCGUGCCGGACUGUAAGCAAGACCGCUGGCGGAAGUGGUUCGCGGUCACCUUCGUCGUGAGCACGCUGCACAUCUCGGUGCUUUCGUACCUGCUGGUGUGGACCAUAACGAUCAUAGGAUUCACACUGCGGAUAUCUGACACUGUCAUGGGCCUGACGUUUCUAUCCAUCGGAGUCACGCUGCCGGACGUAAUCGCCAGUCUGCUCGUCGUGCGCAGAGGUUUUGGAGACAUGGCUGUCUGCAACGCACUCGGAAGCAACAUAUUCGAGAUACUUGUAGGGCUUGGCUUGCCUUGGUUCCUCAAGACAGUCCUGAUCUCGCCUGGAAGCCCGGCUGUCGUGGAGGGCAAAGGCCUGGCCUACUCGACGGCCUGUCUGCUCUCCACUAUCGUGUUCCUGCUGGUCUUGACCCACGUGAACAAGUGGAAGAUGAACAAGCUGUACGGAGCCAUCUUAAUGGCCUGGUACUUGGUCUUUAUGACCGUGGCUUGUCUCUACGAGCUGAACGUGUUUGCUUUCGUGAACCUACCCUCGUGCGAGAGCGACUACUGA